GCCAAGACAAAUGGAGGCAAAGGGACGUAAAACGAGAACCGUGCUGCAGCGGGACCGUAGACAAGGCUGAUUAAUUAGUCAAAUAAAAGGCCCGGUAACCAAACACCUCGGUCGGUUCAGGGCGCUUGAGGCUGAGGUUACAGUAGGCUAGGCUAGGCUAGGCUACCUGUAGAUUUGAUCAAUUGCAGGGAAUUCUGUUCUCAUUUCCUCAUCGAACGAACGGCGAGUCUGUCUGCUUCGCGUUCUGUCAACAAAUACACACUGGAAACAAGGUUUCAAUUGGUGCAGAAUAUGAACCCUUUUCGCUGCAUACGUAUGCAGACCAGAGGAAGCUGAUUUUGACUGCUGCAGCCUGAGUGCGCAGUUACAGCAUUGGGUAGAGGGAGAGAGCGAGGGGAUAGCCUGCCUAAAUCUUUACAGUCACGGAAUCAAACACGGAAUCAAACACACCGCGCACAACCGCUGUCGGAUGCGGCAUGAUGGAAGGAAGCUGUGUAGAAACUAAAGUCUAAGGAAGAAAUACCCGAACUUGAGGACACAGACGGCAGUGUUUUGCGUUAGAGUUCGAUGGGAUUUCGGCAGCGAUAUUAAUCGGUCUUUCACCCUCGUUCUGAAAUUCAGCAUCCAGUGUGAAGCUCAUCCGUUUCACGGGACCGUCGCGCUGCUGCGGAGGACAUGAGAAAUGUAAACAGAAACGUUGGAUUUUAAACUGCGUGCAGGUCGCAGUCCCGGGAUAACCGAGAUGGAGCGAGUCGAGCCGGACCGGUGUCAGGAGGCGGCGGAGCCACCCAUCCACGCGGUCCACGGGCCGAACCGGAUCAGGCCCUCUUCCUACCGGGCACUGCGCAGCGCUGUGUCCAGCCUGGCCCGGAUAGAUGACUUCAUCUGCGAGAAGAUUGGUUCGGGCUUCUUCUCAGAAGUGUUCAAGGUGCAGCACCGUAUCAGUGGGCGGGUGAUGGCUCUGAAGAUGAACACCAUGGCCAGUAACAGAGCUAACAUGCUGAGGGAGGUCCAACUGUUGAACCGCCUGUCUCACCCCAACAUCCUCAGGUUUGUAGGGGUAUGUGUUAAUGAGGGACAGCUCCAUGCAUUAACAGAGUACAUCAACGGGGGUAACCUUGAGCAGCUGCUGGACAGUGACCAGUACCUGUCGUGGUCAGUCAGGAUGGGCCUAUCUCUAGACAUCGCUAGGGGCCUGCAGUACCUCCACAGCAGAGGCAUCUUCCAUAGAGACCUCACAUCCAAGAACUGCCUGGUGCGUUGGGCCAGUGGCCAGUGUACGGCCGUGGUGGGGGACUUUGGCCUGGCAGAGAAAAUACCGGAGUACAGUGAAGAGUCCGACCAGGAGCCUCUGGCUGUGGUGGGCUCCCCCUACUGGAUGGCACCGGAAGUACUGCGAGGAGAGGUCUACAACGAGAAAGUGGACGUCUUUGCGUAUGGUAUCAUCCUGUGUGAGGUCAUCGCUAGGAUACAGGCCGACCCUGACGUCCUCCCCCGCACAGAGGACUUUGGUCUGGACAUAGAGACGUUUCAGCACAUGGUGGGAGACUGUCCCCCUGAUUUCCUGAACCUGGCGGUCACCUGCUGCCAUAUGGAUCCAAAGCGUCGUCCAUCGUUCUCAGCGAUCGUAAAUGAGCUGGAGAGAAGAGAGACGGAGAGGACGCAGAAAGAUGAAGCGGCACUAAAGGGUCCUGGAGGGUAUGGAGCACAGGGAGCAUCUCUUUCUCCAGAUCUCAGCCUGCUGCGAAGACGGUCCCUCUGUCUCCCUGGUGACCCCCGCCUCUGCCGCAGCAAAUCAGACAUGCUACCUCCGGUCACGCCCCCCACUCUGGCCCCUCCCACCCGUGUCAACCCCUUCUCCCUGCGCGAGGACCUGAACGGAGGCAAGAUCAAACUGUUUGACACGCCCAGCAAGUCAGUCAUCUCUUUAACGUUCACCUUACCCCAACCUCUGGACCCCUGUACCACCCCCUCUGACAGAGCGGGGGGUGGGGGUAUGCCCCGAGGAAGGCUCCAUAGACGCUGCCUGUCCCUACCCUGCACCCCACCUCCAGAUCUCCUGCCCCCCACCACCAAAGACAAUAGUGCAGAGAAAACAGACCUAGAGACGAAUAGUAAUGAGGGGAGGGAAAUCGUGGAAGAGAGGUUUACCUUUGAGUCUGAGUUCGUAGUCGAGGAGGAUGUGGAGAGGAGGAAGAGCAGCGAGGGCCUCACUGCCGAUGACUCCGGGCUUCCUCUUGACCCAGAGCUGCUGUCAUUAGACCAGCUAUGUGAAGAGGAGGAAGUGGACACAAGCAGUCUGGAGGAGGAACCGAUGGACUGCACCAGCUCCCCCGACACUCUAGAUGGCACUCAUACACUCCUGCCUUAUUCCAAACCCUCCACACCCACCCCCCCUACAUCCACCAAUGGCUGGGGUAAUGUUCCCCCCAUGUCCAAUGACCCUCCCUGCUUGCCCCCCCUACCCUUGCCCCACCUGGGAUGGGGGGGCACCAACGGGUACCACUCCACUCCUGGGGAGCCCAUAGGGGGCUCGCCGUUCGGCACCGGUAACGGUUCCGCUCCCUCUCUGGAGCAGGAGGAGGUUAUCUCAUGUUCUGGUUGUUGCCUGGCGGGGCUCCGGUUCCCCUCGCUGUGUUUCCGCGCUCCCCCUCACAGGAACCCCUAUAAGAACCUGAACAGGGACAGUACGGGGGCCAACCGAGGGCUGCUCUAUAAAGGUACUAAGGGGCAACCGUCCUCGCCUACCAACCCAGAGCCUGGCCUAGCCCUGCCUAGGGCGCAAACAUAGAUACAGAAUGCCCCUAACCACAGAUAUAGGAUCAGAUUACACCAAAUCCCAACCAUAUUUCUUAGGAGAGAGACUCUAAACUGACCUUAGAUCAGUGCCUAGGGGGCUACUUCAUUCCAUUCUUACUCAGACGGUGACAUGGGAGGUAAAGCUGCUGGUGUGGAUGCACUGCUGUGCUGGUGGCCUGUGAGUGAUGAUAUGGUGCCCUCUGCUGGACUGAGGCGGUAAUGAUUGUAAUAAUGCCAACACCUAUAACCUAAUAAUGCUGUACUGACUGUAAAGGAGUGAGCGGCGAUCCCACUGUUUCCUACAGCAGAUGCAGGCUUGUAGACUGACUGAUUCAUAAAGAAGCAACGAUCAAUACUUUCCCUCAGCAUGGCAACAUGUAUUGGUCAGAGCCAUAUUUAAAUGUAUACAUGGCUUUGGUAUUGGACCAAUCCCCUGGGUUAUGUGUGAUCUGAUAUCCUCCUAUCGUGGGGGUCUAUGGCUCCUUCCCUGACAGUCAGUCGUAAACAAUAUUUUUGGCUUACGAUGAAGUGUUAUGAUUUGUAUGUUUUGAUACUGUCUUUCUCAAUGGGUUUAGGCUCAGCAGUUUGCCUUUGUGUUCAGACAGCUGUAUGGUGCGCCCUGGAGAGGCCAUGAGCAGGGCAGUGUGUGCACCAGUGAGCCAUACUGUAUCAGUCAACAGAACAGUAUAUGUGACUGACGCUGUAUGAUGUCUCAUGUCCCUCAUCCUCUAACAGCACUUGUAUUAUAUUGUGACUUAUUAUUAUUUUUGAGAAUGAAUGGUCAAAGACCCACUUCAACAAAGUGAUGUAUAGAUUAAUAUUAUUUAAAUGGCAUUGAAUAAAACUAUAGAAUGGACAGAC